UGACCAGACUUCCUCCUGCCCUCUGAGAAGGGAAGCAGCGGCCACUGAGGCACCACUUCUGAGAACAGGCCUAGUGCCCUCCAGCUCCAUCCCAGGAGGCAGCAGCCCCCAGGAUGGACAUGAAGCCACCUCAGGGCCAUGGCCUGAAUCUGCUUCUGUUCCUAUUGGCCCUUCUGGGAGGGAUCCAGGCUGACCCAGCCUCCAGCUGCUAUGGGAUCCCUGGAAUGCCUGGAAUGCCUGGGGCUCCAGGGAAAGACGGCCGAGAUGGGCUGAAGGGGCCCAAGGGGGAGCCAGGGAUACCAGCCAUUCCUGGGACACAUGGACCCAAGGGCCAGAAAGGAGAACCAGGACUCCCAGGUCACCCUGGGAAGAAUGGUCCCAUGGGACCGGCAGGGGCCCCUGGUGAUGCAGGCUCCCAGGGUCCACCAGGACAGCCAGGUUUCCCUGGCAAAUACAAGCUGAAGUACCAAUCAGUGUUCUCAGUGGCACGGAAGACCCAGCAGUACCCAGAGGCCAAUAAACUGGUCAAGUUCAACAUGGUCAUCACCAACCCUCAGGGAGACUAUGACCUGACCACAGGCAAAUUCACCUGCAAGGUGCCAGGCCUCUAUUACUUUGUCUACCACACGUCUCAGACGGCCAACAUGUGCCUCUCCCUGUUCCUCAGUGGUACCAGAAAGGCCUCCUUCUGUGACCAUUUAUCCAACAAAAAGCAGGUCAGCUCAGGUGGGGUCCUGCUCCAAGUGGCACUGGGAGAGGAGGUGUGGUUGGAGGUCAAUGACUUUAACGGCAUCGUUGGCACUGAGGGCUCUGAUAGCGUCUUCUCUGGCUUCCUGCUCUUCCCAGACUAGGACCUUAUAAUAGCUUGUCCAGCCUUCUCUCCGCCCAUCAUCUCCCAUGCUUACCUCGUGCUCUUUCUCCUACAAGAAUAGAAGCUCUUUGAGGGCAGGGGCUGAUUCAUUUUUUUACUUUGUAUCCCCAGGACCUGACACCUAGUACACAUUUAAUAAAUACUUGUUGAUUGAUUGGAAGGAUCUCCUUUCUCCCUCCCUAUCAGCUGAGCUCUGCUGGUCUUACCUUUACUGUCUUGACUUGGCCAGCCCACACCAAUCUCUCCCUCCCAUGCUCAUAUGAUGCCGUCUGCCUCCCUAUUUAGCUCUGAGCAUAGACUACCCUGGGCUGUAGCUAACUGGUCGUGUCAGUUAGCCUCUCUUGCCUCCACCAUCUGGAUGUGAGCUUCUAGAGGUCAGAACCUACACCAAUGGACCUUGGACGCAGUAGUAUUCAAUAAAUGCUGGUCAUGAUGAUCAUGUCUAGAAGUCCUAAGCCGCCCUCUGGAAAGCCAUCCUGGAAAUCACAAGGGGCCCUUGAAUGUCAAGGAGCAUUUUUUGUUUAUUGGUUUAUUCUUCAGAAAAUGUGUUUUAAGGUUUGCUUUUGCUUGUCUCUUCUGCCUCCAUUAAAGCUGUUAGUACUCAAGU